AUGAGUUCCUUGAAGCAGUUCAUUCGUAAUGUCCGUGCCGCCAAAACAAUCGCAGAUGAGAGAGCGGUCGUUCAAAAGGAGAGCGCGGCGAUUCGUGCAAGCUUCAGGGAAGAAAGUGGUGACCAUGGAAUACGGCGCAACAAUGUUGCAAAGCUAUUAUACCUCUUCACGCUUGGAGAGCGGACUCAUUUCGGUCAGAUCGAAUGUCUGAAGCUUCUCGCAUCACCUAGAUUUGCCGACAAGCGGCUGGGCUAUCUGGGAACUAUGCUCCUACUGGACGAGAAUCAGGAGGUGUUGACCUUGGUGACCAAUUCGUUGAAGAACGACCUCAACCACCCAAAUCAAUAUAUUGUUGGUCUUGCGCUCUGCACAUUAGGUAACAUUGCGUCUAUCGAAAUGUCCCGCGAUCUGUUUCCCGAAGUCGAAACCAUAAUUUCCAGCCAAAACCCGUACAUAAGACGAAAAGCUGCUAUUUGUGCAAUGAGAAUAUGUCGCAAAGUGCCAGACUUGCAAGAGCACUUUUUAGAGAAGGCGAAACUGCUCCUCAACGAUCGGAACCAUGGCGUGUUACUUUGUGGUCUCACCUUAGUCAUAAGCAUGUGUGAAGCGGACGAACUAGAAGGAGGGGAAUUUGGGAUAGUAGAAACAUUUAGACCUAUCACACCAGCACUGGUGAAGGUUCUGAAAGGCUUGGCAAGUUCCGGAUAUACCCCUGAGCACGAUGUCACUGGAAUCGCAGAUCCAUUCCUGCAGGUGAAAAUACUGCAGCUAUUGAGGGUAUUUGGCCGCGGCGAUGCAGAAACCAGUGAGCAAAUCAAUGAUAUCCUCGCUCAGGUCGCCACAAAUACCGACGCAUCGAAGAACGUCGGGAAUGCCAUUCUCUACGAGGCAGUACUGACUAUUCUGGAUAUCGAAGCCGACUCUGGACUGAGAGUUCUUGGCGUGAACAUUCUGGGGAAAUUCUUAUCCAAUAGAGAUAACAACAUCCGAUAUGUUGCCCUCAACACUCUCAUCAAAGUAGUUGCUGUUGAGCCCAAUGCGGUACAAAGACAUCGAAACACUAUCCUAGAUUGCCUGAGAGAUCCCGAUAUCAGCAUCCGGAGAAGAGCACUUGAUCUGAGCUUUACGCUGAUCAAUGAAAGCAACGUCCGAGUACUUAUUCGGGAGUUAUUAGCGUUCCUAGAAGUGGCCGACAAUGAGUUCAAGCCAAUCAUGACAUCCCAGAUCGGCAUUGCAGCAGACAGAUUCGCGCCCAACAAGAGAUGGCAUAUCGAUACCAUGUUGAGAGUCCUAAAAUUGGCUGGUAAUUAUGUCAAGGAGCAAAUCUUGUCCUCGUUCGUUCGUCUCAUUGCGACUACCCCGGAGCUUCAGACCUAUUCUGCUCAAAAGCUGUACGCCUCUUUGAAGGACGAUAUCACCCAAGAGGGUCUAACGCUAGCCGGUGCCUGGGUCAUUGGUGAGUUUGGCGACGCAUUAUUACGAGGAGGACAGUAUGAAGAAGAAGAGCUGGUUGCACACGUCAAGGAAAGCGAUCUCGUUGACCUCUUCGAGACAAUUUUGAACAGUGCAUACGCAGGACAGAUUGUCACCGAAUAUAUCAUCACAUCGACCAUGAAAUUGUCAACGAGACUGUCGGAAGUAGGACAAAUUGAAAGGCUUCGACGCAUAUUACUCCGCCACCAAGCAAACCUAGAUAUUGAAAUUCAGCAGCGCGCUGCCGAAUAUGGCAACCUCUUCGGCUACGAUGAAGUGCGCAAAGGUGUUUUGGAAAGGAUGCCACCACCAGAGAUUCGAGAAGAGCAGAGAGUCCUUGGCGAAGCCACGAAAAAACGUCAAUCGCGGGUUGUGACGAAGAAGAAGCCUAGCCAGGUCACCGAACAAGACAUGCUAUUAGACCUCAUGGGUGGUUCUGAUAUGCCCACAACAGACCCCAGAACCACUCUCAACGGCUCCUCAAAUAAUACAGAUCUUCUUGCCGAUAUUCUAGGUGGAAGUUCAUCGUCACCUUCCGAUACGACAUCGCCUCCACCACAAUCAUCUAACGUUUCGAACAUCAUGGAUCUCUUCGGCAGUCCGAGUGCAUCGCAGGCUCAGGAGGCCAGAUCACAGGUGUCAUUUGGAAACGACCUCGCAGGUCUUGGUGGUAUCUCGUCACCGCCACCUCAGGCAACGACCCCAUCUUCAAGUGGGCCGUCAGCUUAUGAAGCCUACAAUAAAAAUGAUCUUAACAUCACCUUUCAACUCCAAAGAAAUGCCAACGCUGUCCAAGUACUUGCCCGUUUCCGGAAUACAAAUGCCUUCGAGUCUCUUAGUGGAGUCUCUUUGCAAGCAGCUGUCCCAAAGUCCCAGAAAUUGCAACUACAACCUAUCAGUUCAAGUGAGUUGGAUGGUGGUUCGGAGGCUUCGCAGCAGAUGAGAGUCGUUGCAAAUGCUGGCCCGCCACCGUCUAGAUUGAAAUUAAGGCUAAAAAUCGCCUACUCAAAAGGCGGUAUGCCCGUCUCUGAGCAGGUCGACUGGGCUGAACCAUUAUGA